AAAGCGUCUGCCAGAUCAAUAUAAUGCACGAGAUCCCUUUGCUGUUGUUGUUAGGCUACUGUAUUGAACAGAAUUUGCGCGCUGCGUCUUUAAAAAGCAGCCAUUCUUACGAAGAAGUAGAAGUACAGUAGGAGGAGUCCAAAUUUUCUUAGAGAUCUUUGUUGACACAUUUUUUCUUCUGAUUUCCUCUUGGCUUGCCGUGGGUUCAGAAUUAAUUGAAGGUCAUCUGCACAGAAAUAACACCAUGGCAUAUGCAUUCAAGUUUCUUACAGAUGAUAACAACAGAUACAUAAAGUCAUUCCAGCUGUUCCUGGAGCGCUCGACAGAGCACCAAUGCAUGCUCGACUUUGUCCACGGUGUCCUGCCUGACAUACUAGCCAGCAUUGGAGAAGGGAGGUCCAGUCUCAACAUUUUAGGAGUUGGAAGUGGUGCAGGCAAGAUAGACGUGGAAAUGUUGUCUCAGUUGCGUCUGAAACUCCCAGGAUUGAAGGUGGACAACGAGGUGGUGGAGCCCAGCCCAGAGAUGAUGUACAACUACAAGGUGUUAGUCUCAAAGAGUCCAAAUCUUGAGCAUGUUAACUUCAAGUGGAAUAAAAUGACUGCGUCUGAAUUUGAAAAUCACUGGCAAGAGAAAAACCUCACAAAAAAGAUGGACUUCAUCCACAUGAUUCAGAUGCUGUACUAUGUUGCCGAUCCUCGUGCCACUGUGUCAUUCUUCCGCAGUCUCUUGAACAAGAAUGGGAAACUUAUGAUCAUACUCGUCAGUGAUAAAAGUGGAUGGGGAAGGCUGUGGAAGACCUUCAAGGCCGAUCUGUCCGUAGGUGACAUAAGCCAGUGUUUGACCACAGGGGACAUCAAGAGCUUCCUUGAUGCCAGCGGAAUCAAAUACAAAAACUACCAGCUGCCAUCUCAGAUGGACAUCACUGAGUGCUUUAGCGAGGGGAAUGAAAAAGGGGAGCUCUUACUUGAUUUUCUGACAGAGGUGAUCGAGUUCAGCAAAUCUGCACCCCCUGACCUGAAGGCAGGUGUGCUGGACCUCCUCCGCCACCCAGACUGCAGUAGCGAAGUGGAUGGAAAGGUUGUGUUUAACAACACACUGGAGGUUUUAGUGCUAGAUCCUUAAAUGGAGAGCAGGAUGCCAGUCACGUACACUGAGCAAUGCCCACAAGGCUUUGGGUUGGCCAAGCAGGGAAUCUCAGGUGUGCCUUUAAUAACAAGUAUUAAUUUAUUAGGUUUCACAUAAUUAUCUCAGAACUGUGCUUGUUUAAUUUUCACAAAACUGUGAUUGUCUAUCAAUUUUAAAACAAGAACAAACUUUCAGACUCCAUAAUGUUCAUUCGGGCAGAAUGUUCUCAGCCACACUCUGUCCCAGUGUAACUUGUGUAAAACUGUGGUGCACAUUACUGAUUAAAAAACUAAUUAA